ACCAACACAACCCACAGCUAACCGAAAAGGUGUCUAGCAGAGGUGCUACUGUGCCAGCCAUCGAUGACGUAUUGUCUUUAGUGAAAUACUCGAUACAAUGCUACUCAUGUCUGAAAACAUUCAACAGGGAAUUCCUAUGUACGAACUACGUUAUCAUGCUCAACAAACCGGUUCAAAGUUCCUGUGGAUGUGUCAUAUGUACUAAAUGUUAUCGUUCCAGUCACGGGUGUGUCCGGCAUCAGGUGUCAUCUACAAGAUGUCACGUUAACACCACAGCUAGCUUUUUAGCGAAUUGUUCAGAGUUUAACAGUGUAUGUGGGGACUGGAAUGUCAAACUUAAGACGGACGACCAUUUCAUGACAGCUGAAGCGGUCAACCCACAUGUCCAGCAGAUGAUGAGACAUGUCAUUGACAUCCCGACACUGCGUGUAGCUUUCAGGCAUCUCCUUACUGCGGAUGACAGCUUUUCCUUCUGCUACUGGUCACACAAACAUUUGCCUGAAGAAGUGGCGUAUCGAUACGUAUGCAUUCCACAUCUUCCAGACUUCUGGGACCAUGUGAAUGUCGGGUGUCGCCCUGCUCCUGACACUGCAACAAUGAUUGGCCAAGAUGACAAUCUGCCAAAAUUAUUUGGCGUCCAAAUGGGGUGCUAUAAAUAUCAUUGGUCAUGCUUUGUUUUAGACAAGGAGAUCAAUCUCUAUAUGUGGUGCUCCUCCAUGUCUGUGGAAAGUCAAGUUAUUUUUCCACUAGUCGACGCGAGUCUUGUCGAUAUCACCUCAAGUAUACAGUUUCGACAGAUGGUUUACUAUUUAGCGGAAUGGUUUACAAUCCAGUACGUUGCAGCAGAGCGGCGUUUUAAUGUCGUUUUAGACUGCUGCCCGGACCAGGGCACUUUAGUCGAUGUAAUAAUUUUCCUAGCCUGGAAAGUCGGAAUGCCUAAGUUUAACCCUUGCUUGCCUUUCCGUCGACAUAGGGCAGAAUACAGUUUCAACGUGGGUAGUGCAAGAGAGAUGUUUACUUGUCCUUUUGAUGCAAAUGAGGGGGUAGAUUGUAUCAACAUUAUGGAAGAGUAUAAUUGUUUUCAUAGCAAGACUGCUGCGUUUUUUUCUGGCCUCAAACUUCAACGUCAUUGUACCAGCACAGAGUAUUACGGUUCCCUUUAAGUCAGCAUCACUGCAUUAUCCCCUGCCUGUUUUCAUGCUGAAAUCUAAGUCAAUCUAUGUAAUGUGAACCAGUACAACGCCAAACAUUGUAAAGGCAUUGAAAACGGCCAGGACCGGGAUUUAUACGAUGUCUUAUAUGUACUGUCACUUUACCACUUUCAAGUAUUAUUAUUUUGUAUUUUUUAUUCUAUUUUUAUAUUGUAUUCUUUGCCAGUAUUUUGUUAUAGACUUUGUCAAUGUUAUUGUAUAUUGUUUA